AUGCCCAAAGCUGCGGGGAAGAAUCCAAGCCCCGAAAAGGGGUCUCGCCAUUCCCGAUGGGAGUGGGCGGCGCCUGCCGGUGCCCUUCUGGGCACCGCUGAAGCCCCCAUCCUGCCCGGGAGGAAGUCAACCGUGCCGGGGCUGGGCUCACCCGUGGGGGACGAGCUCCCUGCUUGUCCUGGCGAGGGUUCCCGGGAGAUGAUGGGCGGUGUCGGGCAGUAA